UGGUAAAUGGCACCAAUAUUGAAACGUCACGGUAAAGGUGUGUCGCAAGAAAUAGUAGUUCCGUACAACCCAUGACCCCGAACGUCCAGACAAAGAAGGUGGCGCUGUUUUCGCUUUUCGUGAUUGAGUCUCUGAUGCCGAUUUUCUUAUCAUUCUUAUCAGUGAUUUUAUUGAUAUCGGUUGUGGCGGCGCAGCACGCUGCUAUUCGCUGAACUGUCGUCGCCAACAUGGAGGAGCAGCAGAUGAAGACUGAGCCUCUCGUCUAUGACGUCGACGACGACAGCGAAGACGAUCAGAUGCAGCAGGAAGACGUCGCCAACGGCGAGGACAAGGACAACGCGAUCGUGCCGAUCAAGGACGACCGCGCCGCCCACCUGUCGGACGACGUCGGGCUGCAGGCGGCAGACCUCGGCGCGCAGUUCCGCGAUUGGGCGUUCGGGGACGACCAGGCCGUGUCGGCGCUGCAGCAGACGCAGCAGAUCCAGUUCCCGGUGGAUGCCGACUGGCCGAGCAUGGUGGCGCCGACGAGUAGCGCUGUCGCGACGUACCAGCUGUCGCCCGCGGACCAGAAGCGCGUCUGCAAGAUCUGCCUCGGCCGCUACAGCACCGACUCGGCGCUCAAGUCACACAUGCUCGUGCACACGGGCGAGCGGCGCCACCGCUGCGUCUUCUGCAACAAGUGGUUCAAGCUGAAGCACCACCUGCACCGGCACGUGCUGAUGCACGUGCGCAUCCACACGCGCAAGUACGGCCGCGCGCUCGUCUGCAUCGGCUGCCAGACGAGCUUCGAUGAGGACAUCCCGAUGGCGAAGCACAUGUCUCACUGCCACGCGAUCCGCACGGGCCUCGGCGCCACCAAGGACACGCACAACGGCUCGCAGUUUGUCACGUUCCUCGGCACGGCGGACGAGGACGUGCCGCCGGGCCAGGACACGACGAUGCGUGCGCCGCGCCUCAAGAUGUUCGAUAAGCAGGGCUCGCCGACGGGCGGCCGAAGCGCGCUCGCGGCGUCACCCUCGCUGCUCGACGCCGCAGCCGCCGCAGCCGCCGCCGACAGCGCGCGCAAGCACGCCAGCCGCUACUACAACUCCGACCCGACAACGCAGAGUCUCGACGACUCGUGCAUGCCGAUGAUGUCGCCGCUGCACUCGCCGACGGCUACCAUGGCGACGUCGCGUGCGCCGGCGAUCACCGCGGCAACGUCCAGCAACACGGCGUACUUGCAGCAGGCGUACAAUGUCUCCAACGCUGGCACCGGAUACGCGACCUCCCCCGUGUCCCAGGUGACGAGCAGCGGUGGCUUCUCGCAACGCAUCAUCGGUACUAACACGAUAACCGGCACACCCAUAGUGGAGAGUAGUCAGCGGCCGUCUCACGGGAUGGCGCAGAGUCCGACGUGCCCCCAGGUGGCCUCGGUGAGGUCGCUCCCCUGCUACAAUCGAACUCUUGGUACGCAGACUGUGGAGUCCGGCAUCUGCUCGGACCAGUUCACGUGUCCUGCGUGCAACAUUGACUUUAAAGAAAAUGCCCUUUACCUGAUGCACAAGACGCUUCAUGGGCCCGAGUCGCCGUGGCAGUGUAGCCAGUGCCAGGAGAGUUUUCCUGAUAAGUAUGGCUUCAUGGCCCAUCUUCUCAAUCGCAUGUCGCACAACUGAGCCUGUGUUUCCAACCUAGAAACUCAGCCAUGAACAACAACAGUGUAAGAUGUGACUGUUUAAAAAUUUAAAACCAACAUUUUAAUGUUAGUGCAUCUCAUAUGUAUGAAUUUAUUGAGAGUACCUAUAUCAUGAAGUAAUUAUUCUAAUUAAUCCAUUUCCAUGGCAGUUGUUGUACAGUAGAAUGCUGAAUUUAUUUCAGUUGCAAUUAUACAGUAUAAGGCUAUGUUAUGGGUUAGAAAUAUAUUUAUAGAAGCUUUAUAUUAGUUAAGUAGUUGAGAUUUCUCAUUAAUAAACUAUCUAGAACACAUUCUAAUUAUUAAAGUGUUUAAGAAAAGUUGCUCAGGGUUUCUGCCAGGAGGGUAAAAGGGUAAAAUUCUAUACCCAAAAAUAUUUCUAUGGUAUGGAUCCACACCCAAAAUUGCAUCUGACAGAUGCAGCUUGUAGAAUCGCAUGAGCGUGCGUCCGUCCGUCUGUCCGUGCGUCAACAGUUGGGCACAAAUCUAA